AUGCACAGAAAUCGCAUGAAGGAUCCCUCGCGGAAGGUCAGUCCGCCAGGGCCAACGUACAUGUCCGACGAUCAAGUUGCAAAUUACUUGAAAGACCUUCGCUCUAGUCGUCCUUCCAGGCCAAAUGGUUCUCGCCCACUCCCAUCACGUCCGACCUCAAUUGCGCCCAAGGCGGCUGAAGAGCCACAUCCACGCGCUGCGUCCGCGCUGUCAAUGAAUGAAUGGCGUGAUUCCCCCUCAAAAGAAAUGUCUAAUCCAGAUCCAUAUCCUCGCUCCGCUAGCGCUAUGUCGCAUAAUAGACGAACGUCUAAUCUGAAUCGGGGCAGUUCCGUCGGCGUUGGUAUCGGACGUCCCUUGGUUCAGCAGCCAAGUGGUCAAUCCGUUCGCUCGCCCAGCACGGUCUACCGCGAAAGUGGCUCGCGCUGGAUGGAACGGCAAGAAGCCCGUUCACUUCGAGACGCCCUUCAGGAGAUGGACUUGCAGGACGAGGAACGCUUGCAUGCUGCUGCUCAAGAUGAGGCAACGAAGCUUGUUUGGGAGCAUCAAAACCCAGGGUCUGCUCUGAAGAACCCUUAUGCGGCGUAUCGCAAUCCAGAUCUAAACGGGACUAGUAAUCGAUUUCGACAACACUUGGAGAAAGGAAGUCAUGCCAGGAGCCAAAGCAUGGGAGGCUAUACCGACAUCCCUAGCAACCACAGAAAGUCUCUGUCGGGUUCAAGCCAGGAAGACUCGUCAUUGCAUGACAGUUCUAGUGGAUCGUCGUCUUUUAAAGAAGGUUUCAAAAAGAAAGGAAGAGUUAAUUUUGCGUUACCCUCGGAAGAUGAUUCAUCUGGAUUGCCUCGUGAAAUCGUGCCGCGGGCAAGGACAGUGAGCGGCGAUUCUUCAAAAGGAAUCUUUAGGAACCCAGAGGACUCGAUUUAUGAAGAGCCCGAGGAUUCGAGCGCCCAGACCGUUAGACCAAGUUCAUCUACAAACGCGCGGUCCGCUCUUCAAGUAAAGCCUAGGAAUUCUCUUCCACCACAAAGCUCAGAUCCACCCUCUCGGUUUAGCAACUCGCCCUUCGAUAGGAAACGAUCCAAAGUUGACAUACAUAAAAACCCACCUACUCAAACCAGAAACCCGCUUUAUACCACGAAUGCGCGCAUGCCGCCCUCCAGAGAACCCAAGAAAGACGCUGACACCCCCACAAAGGAUGGAAUGGAGAUACGAGGUGAUGAUAUUAGAGCAGCUACCAGUAUGAAGCUCAAGGACCGGAGCCAAAAGUUGCCCAUGCCCACAGCAGUGAGUGAUAGACCAGGCCAGCCUAUCGUUAGCUUUGAUCCGACAUGGCGGUCUCCGGAAGAGAGGUUGAUGGACGCUCCAAGCAGCGGUCCCCCAGCCAUUAAUAUCGUUGAGCCAACGGAACCCAUCCCGACUAUCAAUCUUCCCGAUGAGUCAAAGGAGGAAGUUCCAUCGAUCGCUGACUCGGCGCCAAAAGAGCAACCGGUAGCUUCUGAACCCGUUUCCGAAUCUGUUGCCUCCAGGCGCCGCAAGUUUGAUAACCCUAAAGCUAUGAAACCAGCUUCACAGGGCAAAUGGUAUUCUCCCUUCACACGCACCGGUGUACCCACCGCAACCUGUACGAAUUGCACAUUGCCGAUUGAAGGCCGGGUAGUUACGGCUGCCGGAUCGCGCUUUCAUCCAGAAUGCUUCACAUGCUAUCACUGUUCAACUGGGCUAGAAUGCGUUGCAUUCUAUCAAGAACCUGAAGCCAAACGAGAGGAAAGACUUGCGGAAGCUACUCCUGGUGAUGACGAGUCCCACGGCUUGCGUUUCUACUGCCAUCUCGACUUCCAUGAACUAUUCAGCCCGCGUUGCAAGAGCUGCAAGACCCCCAUAGAAGGAGAAGUUGUGGUUGCCUGUGGUGCUGAAUGGCACGUGGGACAUUUCUUUUGUGCUGAAUGUGGCGACCCAUUCAAUCAAGAAACCCCGUUCGUAGAGAAAGACGGAUUUGCCUGGUGUCUUCGCUGCCACUCUCGUCGAACAGCCUCGCGAUGUCUAGGGUGCAAACAGCCCGUGAUGGAGGACGUUAUUGUCACAGCCCUCGGGGGCCAAUGGCACGAUAAAUGUUUUGUCUGUCAUACCUGCGGCGAUGGCUUUGGGCCAGAAGGACGGUUCUUUGUCAAAGAAGGCGAGCCAAAGCGCACUGCGAAAGGCCGUAUUAUAGGCGGCCCCGUCCAACUCGCGGUAUGUGAAGCUUGUGAGGCGAGGCGGUUGAAAGCGUAA